UUAAAAUAGUCCACACCACAUUAUCCUUUGCAUCCAUUUCACAAAAACAAGAAUCCAAAAACACAAACCGACUCCCAAGUCCUCUGAAGUCCCCCUACUCCCCACCCAAUACCCCAACAUAUCAGUGUAAAUAUGGGGAUAGUUGAAGAAGCACACAACGUUAAGAUCCUAGGAUCAGGUGAGCAGAUAGUAGUGUUAGCCCAUGGGUUUGGGACAGACCAGUCUGUGUGGAAGCACUUGGUGCCACACUUGGUUGAGGAAUAUAAGGUUGUCUUGUUUGACAAUAUGGGCGCUGGAACUACUAAUCCUGACUACUUUGACUUUGAGAGGUACUGUAGUUUAGAAGGAUAUGCCUAUGAUGUGAUUGCAAUAUUGAAGGAAUUUGGAAUUAGUAGUUGCAUUUAUGUUGGUCACUCUGUUUCUGCCAUGAUUGGUGCCAUUGCUUCUAUAGCUCGUCCUGAUCUUUUCACCAAACUUGUCACUGUAUCUGCCUCUCCAAGGUAUCUGAAUGACUCGGAGUACUACGGAGGAUUUGAACAGGAAGAUCUUGAUCAAUUAUUCGAAGCAAUAAAAUCGAAUUACAAAUCAUGGUGUUCAGGAUUUGCACCCUUAGUUGUAGGUGGAGACAUGGACUCCGUAGCAAUCCAGGAAUUCAGCAGGACAUUAUUCAACAUGAGACCAGACAUUGCACUAAGCGUGUCACAAAUCAUAUUCCAAAGUGAUUUAAGGCAUUUGUUGCCUCAUGUUUCUGUCCCAUGUCACAUAAUUCAGAGCAUGAAGGACUUGGCCGUGCCCGUGGUAGUGUCCGAAUACCUCCACCAGAACCUCGGGGCCGAAUCUAUCGUUGAGGUUAUGUCGACGGAAGGACAUCUUCCGCAGCUUAGCUCACCGGAUGUUGCUAUUCCGGUGCUGCUUCGUCAUAUUCGUCAUGAUAUUGCCGUUUGAAUAUUAUUAGUAUUAGAGUACCAGCAAGUUGAGUUCACUUUCUUGGAGUAAUAGUAAGGGUGUUGUUGUUUUGUGAUGCAAAUUGUACAAAAUUGACCAUCUUGUCUAGCUAGUUGCAAUGUCUAUAUGUGCUAAGUUUAAACGAAUAUGCUGGAUGCACCAGCUAAGGAACCCAAAAGGAAAAGGUCAAAUAUAUUGAGGCAAGAUGCAGGCAUGUGGUAUGAGAUUGAUGGUCAGCUUUGGA